GGUAGAUAUUUGGCGGCACAAUUUCCCGCUAAAAGAUUUUCCCUCCAUUGCAGAUCACACUGAACCACUAUAUAUAAAUCUUGCGCCACCAAUUUCAUUUUCAUCAAAUUUCAGAUUCUUCACUCACAAAUUCUCAAUUUUCAUUCGAAUUUUUGGUUGUUUUUUUUCAGUAAGUUUGUUUCAACAUCGCCGGUUAUUAUGGUGGUAGCAUUAGGUCCCGGAAAAUUCUACGGCAGUAGCUUACCAAGGCCGCGUUUUUACGAAAAUCCAAAUGGAGAACGGGUCGACCCACCAGUAUCCGUUUUGGAUCCGUUCAUGUCAUGGGCUGAGGAAGCUCACUGGUCAAUGGGGGGUUUGAGCUUCAAGCGCCUUCGUCUUCAGGGACGGAUCGAGGGAAACAUCAAGAAACUUAGAGCUGAGCGUGAAAAGAUCGAGAAGAAAUCGAUGGGUAAGAAGAAAUCAUCGUCGUUGUUGUUGCCAGUUCAUGUAAGUCCGUCUCCUCCUCUUGGUCCGUUGAAUUUGAAGAGGAAAAUGCAAUUGUUUGAUGAAUCUGAUGAUGAAAAUGAAGAAAUGGGGGUUGAAGGGAAAGUGGAAAAAAGGGGUUUAGCUAGGAAAUUGGAUGUUGAUUUUGAUAGAGUUGCUGAGGAGAAUGGUGGGGUGGUUAUGGGGAGAACAAGGAGUGGGAAAAAGAGUGAGGCUGUUGUUGAGAAAGUGAAAAAAUUGAAAACUAAAGGUAGGAAAUUGAAGAAGGGAGUGAAGGGUGUUGAGAAGAAGAAGAUUGGAUCAGUGACGCCAAGGACUUCACCUAGAAUGUUGAAACGCCGGUUGCCUUGAAGGUGUUUGAUAAUUUGUGUCAAUGAAUGAAAUCUUCUUAGUACAGGAGAAUCAAUCAUAUAUUAUAUUGUUGGUAAAUUGUGGUUCA